AUGGAAUUAAGCACUGCUAAGUAUGAUCUCAAGCAUUAUGCAAAUGUUUAUGAACCAAGGGAAGAUUCUUUUCUUUUAUUAGAUGCAUUAGAGCUACAAAUUUCAUUUUUAAAGACUUUCAAACCUUUGUUGACACUUGAGGUUGGUUCGGGAAGUGGGGUUGUUGUUACUUCAUUGGCUUCUGUUAUUAAAGAUAGUGCAUACUUUGCUGUUGAUAUCAAUAAUGAAGCAUGCAUGGCCACAAAAAAUACUGCUAGACUCAAUGGUUGUAACAUUGAAGUCCUGAAUUCAAACCUAAUUGAUGGAUUUAAAAGUUGCCUAUUUGAUUUGGUAUUAUUCAAUCCUCCUUAUGUUAUAACUGAUUCAGACGAGUAUGAUAGGGACAUAAUAAAUAAGGCAUGGGCUGGUGGACUUAUGGGUAGGGAAAUAAUUGAUAAAUUUAUUGAAAGACUUCCGAAAAUACUUUCGAAAAGAGGUUUAUGUUAUCUUUUGUUAUUAAAGGAAAAUAAUGUUCAUGAAAUAGGAACCAAAUUGAGUGGAUUAAAUUUCAUGAGCCAAAUCAUCUUGGAAAGAAAAAUAAUUGGUGAGAACUUACUGGUCAUGAAAAUUUUCAGGGAAGGUUGAGUCUGUUACCAUUGAUUCUCUGUGAGAAUUUUUAUUUUCAUUUAGUGUCCCACCAGGAGUGCCCAUUAGAAUGGCACUACCCUGUAUGCUAAGUUGAAAAAAUGAAUUUGUUUAUAUCCAAUGUAGUCAAAAAAAUGUUAAUGAACCUUCCCAGAUUGCCAAAUGUGCAUUUUUCAAUGAGAAUUUCCAUCUUUGUAUUUGCUAAAGUUGAUAUUUUCUUGUUUUUCUUGUUUAGAUUGAAAAUGUCAGGUAAAUUAAAAUUUAAUAGGAAAUUUGGUAAAAAAUAGUUUUCUGAAUGAUUAAAAUAACAAUAAACUUGUGUUACUCUC